AUGCCUCCAAUAUCGUACCUGUUCGCAUGUGAGUGGUGUCUCGAGCACUUCACGCAACGUGGCGCGCUUGUGGCGCACAAGCUCCACAGCCAUGACUGCAGGCUGGAACGCAGGCGGCGACUUCGUUACCUUGCCCGGCAUCCCGACGCUGACAUCAAUGACGUCUUUGGCGAUGCUUUUGCCCACGUCGAGGGAAAUGCGACGGUUGAAGCUGAAGAUGCGGCACAGCACCCAGAGGGCUUGGAUGCUCAACCCUCGGGCGGGAGUGGCAGCGACGACGACGUGGAGACGGAGGAAUGGGCCAGUGACGACAGUGACUAUGACGACGGGGCUUCUUCCGAAAGCGAUGACGACGCUAGCAGUAUGGACGACGUCGAUUUCAACACCGCUCUGGAGUUCUUCCACUUCGUCGUGGGCUGCAACGGUGGCGAAGGCCUUAGCGACAAGUGUGUCGCCUGGCUUAUCAAGAUAUUGAGAGACCCGCGUCUGGAUUUAGACGCCAUUUGCCACUGGCGUACCAAACGCGCUGUCCUCCAGUACGGCCUCCGGCUCAUGAUGGCGCGACGUGUUUACCGGACGGAGGAAGUGCGCAUUCCGGGGGUCGACCACACCUUCGAGGUCAUGUUGGCCAGUAUCGUCGAGGGCGUCUUGGAGCUGUUUGGGCACCCUGACAACGCGGAGGGCUUCCAGCUCUUUGCACGACCCGCCUUCACACGACGCCCUAAUCCUGUACUAAGCGCAUUGACAAUGCGCUUUUCUAUGCCGGGCAGCAUUGUGCGCAUGAUCUGCCGGCUCAUUCGAGGGCUUACUUGCGCAAGCAUGCCAUUUCACGCACUUCUACCACGACGCCCUCCGGACCCUUUGCAGGCUGCACUUGACGCGCUUCAUGGCGAGGGCCAGGUCGUGGCCCCCAUCAUCCUUUCAAGCGACGCCACCAUUCUCAGCGGGUAUGAGCGCGUGAAGGUGUGGGCGGUGUAUCUGAGUCUCGCGAACAUCCACCUCCGCCUCCGCUGGGGCGACUCUGGCAAGAUUCUGCUCGCCUUACUCCCGAUGCCCACCCAGGGAAUGACGGCUGAGCAGAAGGUGCAGCUUUUCCAAGCUGCGAUGCAGAUAGUCCUGGCAGAUCUCAUUGUUGCGUCCCACACUGGGAUUGCGCGGCGCGAUCCAUGGGGGGUCGACCGGGUCAUCUGGCCCAUCCUCUUCUCCUACGUGGCGGAUUUCCCAGAGACCUGCAAGGUCUCCUGCACCCAGCAGCAUGGCAGUGCGAUGCCGUGCUCUCUGUGCUAUGUGGAUCGCGGGCAUCUCCGGUGCAUGACGGCGGCUGCAUCGGAGCCUCGCACCGUGGAUCAGCAGUCUUCCCUGCUGCAUAACCCGCGGCUCGCAAGAACGUACUCCACUCUCUGCAUCCCGUCGUUCCUGUGGGAGCGGAACUUCGCCCGAACUGUAUGGGGCAACACGUAUCUGUCCCAGAUGCCGGACAUACUGCAUAUCAUCUACCUGGGCUUCUGGCUCUACCUGCGCGCAGCACUGCGCGGGCCCGAUUCGCGUGCCGCCACCCUUGACGAGCGACAGAAUGCUCUGCACCCAGAGGCCAGGCAGGCGGGCCUGAUCACUCCGACCGAUUCUGCCUACUGGGUCUCUGGCGCGAACUUCAUGGCGUCAGAGCACGCCGGUGUCAUGAUGAUGGUGCCGUUUGUCAUGGAGGGGCUGGUUUCAGUCAUCAGCAGCCGCACCAUCGUCACGUUUCUGGACUGGCACGAGACUUACGUGAGGGCCGCGCAGCACACUGACGAGAGCCUGAGCAUGUUCCACACGGCCACGCGUAGGAUGGUGCAGCUUGUGGAGAGCACUUUCCCACGCGACCACUCUGGGUGGAACUUGGUGAAGGUCCACCUGCUGCUCCACCUCACAGAGGCGAUUCGAAGGGGGGGGCUGCCACGUGAAUACUCUGCGGCAGUUUACGAGAACGCCCAUAUCCGCACCUGCAAGAGGCCGUAUCGAGCGUUGAACCACCGGGACCUGAGGCGUGCGAUCGCACAGCACAACACCAACACGGCGCUCCUGACCCAUCUCCCUACCAACCUCGAGGGAGAUCGGCAGUACAACACAGCGUUGCGACGGGCCAUCGCUGCUGGUCUGCCCCAGCUGUGCCGCCAGCGCUACCGGCUGCUGAGCGCUAGCAGUGCGCGGGAGCAGGCGCCGCUGGGCCUGUACGCGACAUACGAUGCCGCCAUCCCUGGAGGGAUCGGGCCCUACGAGAUGCUGUGCCGCCUGUACGGCUACAUCCCGUUCCCAGCAUGGGUCCACACCGCACUCGCCCUCCCCGGGCGCGAGAUGGACUACACCCUGAUCAGGCCGCAUUACGCCCGUGCAGCUCCCUCUCUCCAUGGGGCACCUGCGUUCUCGUUCAUCGAGUAUGAGGACGGGAGCGGGGAGUUGGUGCAUGGCCGCGUGCACCUCCUGCUGACGCUGACGAUGAGCAGCUGCGACGCCGACCCUGCGGGAGAGGAGCUGGCCUUCGUGAGGCGGUGGUUCCCCUCACAGGAGGACGAGUGCACGGGGUGCAUGAGGAUGCGCCCGUCCGACGACGAACUUGGCUAUGACUUCGUGCCGGUCGUAGCCGUGCAGAGGACCGUGCACAUGGUGGAGUCCUUCGUGACUCCUGGGCUGUG